UCGGAACUUUCUCACGAGUGGUUGUUUCGUGUAUUUUCCUUCGGCAGUUGUUUUCCCGUGUUAAUGCUUCUACGUGCUGCAGGAUUAUUGUGCCGAAACGCAUAUAGCAGUGCGUUUUCGAGCUGCCCAGUGCGGGGUAUUUAAUUUUUGGUUUUAUGCAUUUUUUUUACCAUUCCCCGAAUGUAAACGUGAGUGUUUGAGAAAGCAGUGGUAAAAAGAAGGCAUAAAGAAACCCGUUAAUGAAAAUCUCUCCGGAUCAGCCUGGAUACAAUUCGAUUAAUCGAAAAGAGAAAGGAAAAACUGCACAUACACCAACGGAUGUGACACCGGAAGUGGAUUAAAAGGCCACCCGAUUUCGCGCUCGUCGUCUUGCUGUUCCGUUUUGGUCUAGCGGGGCUCCCGGAGUAGUGCAGCAAGGAAAGAUUAGCACAGAAAAAAAGCCGCAAAAGUCCCGGCUGACUGAAUUACACUGCCGGCAUCGAGCAACGACCACGAACCGCACCUUCUUCUUCCCGCAAUCCAUCACAUUUCCGGACGGCCAGCGACCAACGGCCAAUGGUUUAAAUGGACGCUACAUCCAUCAUUACGCAGGUGUCGCGGGAUGACGAACAGCAACUGAACAGCAGCUAUCCCAACGAGAAAGUCAACAAUGUUGAUAGGUUAAAACCGCCGAAUCGUGGUUUCUUCGAGACGCUCUUCUGCUGCUGGCGGAAUGGACGGACGAAAAGCAAUCAAAGCGGGACGCCGAUCGAUGGUUCCAUCACGCCACCCCCGAUCCAGGGCCAGCCAAGGUACCUGCUGCCACAGGUCCGACCUUCCGAUAUGUACAAGAAGUGCAUGGUGAUAGACUUAGAUGAAACCCUAGUUCAUAGCAGUUUUAAGCCAAUUCCAAACGCGGAUUUCAUAGUGCCAGUGGAAAUCGACGGUACCGUACAUCAGGUGUACGUCCUGAAGCGACCGCACGUCGACGAGUUCUUGAAGAAGAUGGGCGAGCUGUACGAGUGCGUGCUGUUCACGGCCUCGCUGGCCAAGUACGCCGAUCCGGUGGCCGAUCUGCUAGAUCAGUGGAACGUGUUCCGGGCGCGGUUAUUUAGAGAAUCGUGCGUCUUUCACAUGGGCAACUAUGUGAAGGAUCUAAAUAAGCUAGGGAGAGAUUUACAGAAGAUUGUUAUAGUUGACAACUCACCUGCUAGUUACAUAUUUCACCCGGAUAAUGCAGUGCCAGUGAAAUCGUGGUUCGAUGACAUCACCGACUCCGAGCUGCUGGAUCUGAUACCGAUGUUUGAAAAGCUGAGCAAGGUCGACUCUGUAUAUAGCGUUCUAUGCAACUCCAGCUCACAGUCCCAGCUGCCGUCGUCCAUGUCGCAUCACAAUCAGCAGGAUCUACAGUCGUCCCAACAAUCCCAGCAGCAGCAACUACAGUCGAAUUCGUCCGAUGUCAACAACACGUAACAUUGGCAACAAAUGUUUAUCAAUAUUGUAUGAUUCAUACACCAAGCCCUGUGUAGGGAAAGACGAGGGAGGGUAGCACCGGACCGACCGAGGACCGUAGAGUUGAAAAAAGCAUUGAGGGGAGGGAGGGCAUAGUGCGGUUGAGCAGAAAAACAAAAACUGUGGGAUUGAAACCUAGAAAUAAGUCCUUUUCUUGUGUGAGUGUGAGUGUAAACAUAAAAAUGAGAGUAGCCACGAAACGAAUUGAUUAUUCGUUUUGAUUUAAGGCCCCACGGGAAGGAAAGAGACUCGAGCAACACACAUGCUAAACACGAAGACCGACAACUAUAUUACACCAGGAGAGAAGUCAUCGUUAAUUAACUUUGUUAUUCUUUUUUUAUUAUUAUUAAUAUUAUUUUGUACUACACAUACAUAAAUACCCCCACACAGAGAGGUACACGUUUGUUGGCACGACUAUCGCUAUGAAAAAAAAAGAAAACUAGGUAAAGCUCUAUAUUUAAAUACUAUUUUACAAUGUAUCUGUCACAAGCAAUGACGGACGCUUACGAAGAUGAGUAGUGGGCCCAACUUCAAUCAACGGCCGGAAAACGUUGGCGAGCGCGGGACUCCACGCGUGUACAGGCAUCCAGCACGUAGAACUAACGAUGACCCGAUACUUGUUACUUCCUCAUUUCUAAGGAUCACCUUCUUUCUGUCACCUUCUGCAAUAAGUUGGUGAAUUGCGAUUGUUUAAUUCCUUUUCUUCGUUUUUACAAUCAUCGAUUAUAUUACAAUAACGAUACACUUAGGGUUAGUAGAAAACAACUGCCGCCGAAGGGGUAGUAACGGAACGUAUUACACGACGAUACAUGCAUACAGACCAUCCAUUUAGGAGGAGAUGGCACGAUAGUUUUUAUAGUUCAAUAUAGCUUUUUUACUGGAGAAAUCAAACAAACACAACACUCGACACAACAUAUACUGGCGGUCUGCUAUAAGAAAGUAUAUAUUAUUGAAGAUGAAGCCAGACGAGAGAAGUAGGUUUUCUUUCUAUUCAGAAUACAUCCGACCGUAGGUGCGAACUAAAUAAAAAAUGGAGCGAACAAUUUUGUAUCCAAAGAAGGAGAAUUUGUGAAACGUCUUGGACAGCAGUCUUAACAGUCCGCGGCAUGGUUUGAAAAACCAAGCUAUUAAAGGUCGACAGGAUCGCAAACCAUAGAAAAAGCAGAACAAUCUGUCAAAAUUAGGCACUGUGGAAGCAGCGAUGUAGGAAGAUAACAAAAAACAGCCACAAAUGUACAGUUUUAUACUGCGAUGCGUAGAAAAUCCAAAAGAAAGAAUUUAGAGAAAGAGUAUAACAAAAAAAACAAUACACAUAUGAGCAGGUGAGUUGCAGGAUGGAAUUAAAAGCACGCACUUACUAAACGAAGCCGAUUCCGCUUCGAGCUAGACGCGUCAUAUCUUGUGCAAGAAUCCGCCAAGGGCCGUAUCUUAGUCCUUGUUGUUAGCAAUAUUUCUUCUGUUGGCCAUUGUCCGCGCAUACGUCCGUUGGCCAUAUGCGCAUACGACAAUGUACGGCUAGCAGUAUGCUUUCCUUUCUUCUGGAUUCAGUGCUACAUUCAUUCGACAUAUCAUCUUGUCAGCGCGAGAAGAGUAUAACGGGGUUGUAUAUCAGUAAAGUGACAAAAACGUGACAAACAAGAUUGAUGCAUUUCCAGAAACGAUAAAGAAAAGCCACCGAAUGUCGGCUUCCUAUAAAUGAGUACUAAUAAAGGUUUGCUGGAUCUGCUUAUGAAAUGGCGCCAUAAGAUUAUGAUUUGACAGAAAUGUAUCCAGUCCCGUGGAAUCAUUGCAGAAUGUUUUAUGUUUUGCCGAAACAAAAAUGGAAGACUGAACGAAGAAAGAUAUUGAGAACGAGAAGAUGAAAUGGCGAGAAUGGUCUGUUUUGGGUUAGCCAAAAGAUAUGGAUUCAUAAUAAUACAAUAUAACAAUGGAAAUCCAAUUGUACACCUACCUCUAAUACCUAACACUCGGUACGAAAAUGGUUCUCCAUCCCCACUUGUAUACCACUAGCAAUCAAAAUUAUUUUCCGCCUAUGCAUUAUAGCUGAAAUACGGUAUUGCCUGGCUUUAGAACUAUUUUACCAUAUCUAUUCGGAGACGCUCCUGCUUAAAAUGCAUCUAUCUGAAAACUGCUUAUCCUGUGAGUCCGUUUUGCCUUUGCUUUCACGAUUCCUUUCGGUUUUGGCAAGUGCACAUGAGACGUGCAGCAUGUAUUUAGUAAGUGUAACAUUAUAGCAGCAAACAAGGCGACUUGAAUUGAGUGAGUAACAUAUGAAGGAAAGGGUUGGAAAUUCCGCUGAAAAGAGAAUUGGACCAUACAAUAAUGAUUGCCUCUAAAAUAAAGAGGAAAGAGGAUGUUUGAUCAUCGUGCAGAUCUCUGUCUCACUCUCACACACACAAAUACAUGCACCCGUGUCCUUACAAGAAGGCAUAUUUUUGUACACGUAUUAAAACGCGACGAAACGCGUCUUUCGACUCCAGGUAAAAAACACAUAUGAAACGAUAGUGCGAGGCCAUCUCGUCAAGCAGCUAGGAAAGAUCGCGACAUGUACUUUUGUAAUCCGAGCCUCUGACCGAUCACGGUGGUCACAGGUUCGAUGAAGAGUUUUGCUUCAUUCAUCAAGUCAAAGUUUUGCUAUAUGGUAUAGAGCAGAUACGACCAAACUGGUUAUCCAUCUAACCGGUAAACUUACCUAUUUAUGAUCUAAAUACGUCCACAAUGCUGGUGAACGCUAAAAAGAAAAUAUUAAAUCACACGCCAACUCGAGUGUACCGAGUAGCAAAACUAGCUUCAACUCACUUCAAAAGGGGCUUCAAGUAUCUAAAUUUUUAUGAAGUAAAACAGCACGGAUUUAAAGGAAACAAAACUAAGCCUUGAUGGAAAGCCUAAGGUUUACUCUGCGAUAAGGAAUUAAAACAAAGCAUAGUGUUGAGCUCAGUUUUAUAAAUCACUAGAUGGUAUCGAUGGUCCGCUGGAAGGUACAUUGGCACUGAAACUUCUAGUCCUCCUUCUGCUAACUAACACGAAAUAAGAUCAGAGGAAAAGUUGUGAAAGCAGCAGGAUAAGAAAAGCAUCUCGUAGACCGCCAGAAGGCUCAGUCUUUGUACAUGAUUGUCGAUGCUACAAGGAAGGAAACCCCCAAACGAAAGGUAGAAAUUCAACUCCGAUGGACAAAAAGUGUAUUAAUAGUUUGUGGAUCAAAAAAGAAGGGACAAAAUGAAAAACUAAACCGAUAAAACUUAAGUCAAAGAACAAGACAUCAGCGUCAAGAGAAGUUUUAUAAAAUUAUCUCACGGACAAAAUAAAACAAAACAGCAAGAUGUUCAUAUAUAUAUCGUAUAUAUAUAAAAAAACACAAAAAAAAUUACAAACGGAUCCAAGUUAUUUUGGGCUACUACUUUUGCUCAUGUUGCAUCCUUUAGAAU